AUGCGAGGUGGUGAUGGAGAACUGGACGACGUGACAGAGGUGGAACAACGUUUUUCCAGCCAAGUCUCUAGUGAACCAGCCCGCAAUGUCCACGAACUCCGACAUCACCAUUCGCAAACACCAGCCUUCCGUCGGGGCAACGUCAACUGGUCUACUGGACACGAUAAGGUGGGAACUCACCCAGAGAACGACUUUCGAUUGACCUACCUUGCCCUCAAAUUUCUCGAAAUUCCCCUCCUCUCCAUUUUCCUGUCCAUCAAUUAUGCCAAAAUAAUGCAAGGUUUUUGGUCCAGAACUGCCCUUUCUGGGUCAUGUCGAUGUGUUUCUUGCCUGCGCAGCAGCUCCAAUGCCGUUGCUGGACAAGCUAGCACGGCUGCCAGUCGGCGGAGGCUCUACAUCGGCAACUCCGUCACACUGCUCUACUCCGCCAUUUUUGCGACUGCCAUAAUUUUUGACGCAGAUGUGAAAACCAAACGACGGACCGAGUUAGAGAAGAAAAUUAAGGCUGUGAAAGAGGAGGUGGAGGAAUUGCGGAUUGAGGAAGCUCGUAUCCUGAAUGGGCUCGCUGAUCGGAGAAAAUUGCGACAACUUCCUCUUCCGCUGCAAAGAAGACAAUAUAGCACAGUUGCCGCAACUGCCACAAAUGGAUCUGCGUCAGUUGGGAAAUAUUGGGACGCGAACACACUUCCAAUUGAACGCUUAGAAAAUAGGGAGCCCGGUGCGUUUAAAGACCGACCCGAAAUGAUCACCGACUUUUUUGAGAAAGGGUCUGCCAAGAAGAGAGACCCAACGGACGAAGAUGAACGUGUUCGGAGACAGUAUGACUUAGCAGGGCAAGAUGUUUUGCGAGAAAGGGCUAUCCAGCUCCUUGCAAUACGGCAACUCGCCAUAAAGUUGCUCCUUCGGCCCAGCAUUGCGCAUUCUUAUGGGGAGGUGGUGGCAGAUUAUGGAGAAGAGUUCGACCACCCGAAAUUCAAAACACAAGAUUAUCUUGUCGAAUUGCACAGGAUAAAAAGACGGAUCACUCGCCUGAGGUUUCGGAAAGACGAAUCAUACGAUGAUCUCGUGAAAAAUAUAACGAUUCAAGAGCAAUCAGCCCUCCAGCAAGAAAGGCAGGAAUUGCACAAUAACCUCCAAGCGGCUUUUGAAUCAUAUAAUCGAAAAGCCCUUUCCCUCCAGCGAUUACUAUUGAUCACCUCUGAGAAUUUACUGGCUUCGGAAGAACCAAUUUUGCCGCAGACUGUUGAGCUUAUGAUCACGCAAUUUACACGAUCCAAGCAAAACGACCUUGUGAAGAUGGUCAUCGACUCGCUGUUUCCAAACAGGAUUAGGAUGACUCCCCCUGUCAUUGUUUCUGCGAUCAACUUUUUCAACAAAACCAAGGACCUCUUUGGGUUCGACGGUUUCUUACGUUUACUUCAAGGGGACAGUUUUCCUGUGAAUAUACCUGUUUUGUGGGAAACAGUUCGUGUUGGAGAUGUUCAGGUUGCGCUUCCACCAAAGCCUCGCCACCCAUUUGUGAUGAAUGCUCUCAUUUCUGCCAGUCUUAGUUUCAAUCAGCCCCAAAACGCUGACGCUUACCUCCAUAUCCUUCGAGAAUCUGGAUACAAUGAAGGAGCUCAGGUCCUGGGUUCUUAUCUUCGAUUCUACACCGUAUCACCAAACUGGAGAAAGGGUGGCUAUGUCCUAUUGCGAUCUGUCGCUUUUAUUAUGUCUACGAAAGCUCAUUUUGGAAACGCAAUUAACCGACUAAUCCUAUAUAUGGUAGCCUUCUGCAAUUCAUGCGGAAAACAUGAAUUGUCUGAGGCUAUAGUCAAAGCUGCCGUUGAUACUGGAAUUGAUUGGAGGCCCAGUUACAAUAAGAGAGAUCUUCGGAGUUCAGUCAAAACCGCUUUAAAGCAGUGGAAUACGGCUGCUGAGCGUGCUUCGACAGAUAUCCCCGUCAAUAGGCCUUUAGGUCAGAAAUGUUAUGAGUUCGCAAAACAAAUAGAGCAAAUGGUUCGCGUAACGAUCGGGUAUAGUGCAAAUGCGCCAUCGCAUAACCCUCCGCAAUCCCGAGAACGCGUCGACAGGAGUUUCGAUGUGCGACAGGCAGGUCAGAUUUAUGAAUCACAGGAUCGUGAACCAACCACCGGCAGCAGCUAUUAUCUUCAUGAUGUCUCCAAACCGAAGCAAGCUGCAGAAUUGACUCGUCGUAAAGCCGAGCAUCCUCAGUUCCAGAAAAACCAACCCGAUGAGGAAGAACCUGAAAGGAAUAUUGUGAGUUUCUUUGUGAGGAAACCCGAAGAAGAACGUGUAAAAAAUUCACCGUCCGCCGAAGAGAUAAGAAGAAGACGUUUCCAUGAUGACUGCCGGUCUUUGUUCUAUUCGUUGGGAGUGUCUAAAAGGGCCAUUCUUGACCUCCAUCGGGAACUAAAUGAGUAUGAGCUUCGUAUUCAUGCUUCGGAAGUACCAGCCGAAAAGGUCAAAGAGGAACUGUCCCCGGAGGCAUGCGGGUCGUUGUUCUAUUCGCUAGCGAUCUCUCAAAAAACCAUUGGAGACUUGCAGCGUGAAGUAGAUGAAUAUGGUCUUCACAUUCAUACUUCAGAAGUGCCAAUCGAGGGUAGAGCUGAGCUUCUGGAGACCUGAUGUCUUGGUUGUCUCAUGCGUGAAACGUUCAAUGUUGCGCAUUUGCGUUGCAUGCCUAAACAUCUUUGACAACAGCAUAUCUCUGAGUUGUGUAUAAUUGAUAUGAUGAAUGCAAUAAUCACGUUGGAUCUUGAGAUUCUCGUGUUUUCGAACACAGCCCGAUUGCGAACGUUUAACGACCUCAAAGAUAACUGCAUCAAGCAAAAUCCUCGUUUAGGUGACCAAAUCUGGCAACAACGAUUGUGAAAUCGAGACCCCCGAGGACUCCUCAAUUUGCCACGUCCGAAUGAAGGGUGAACAUGGACCUUGCCUUUCCUCCACGAAACCGUCGUUAAUACAGCCGGACCGUAGUAUUUCCAGUGCUCCCUAUAUAUACCCUUUACGGGCAGAUUUUAAAUCUUCGAUCUCCGCGGCCUUCGUCAGGCUCUCCAUGUCUUCCCUUUUGAGCGUGUUCUAAAAUAUAAAGCCUUGUGCAUGUACUUCUUUACUUGACAUAGCCUUAUCCACCUUCACAUAUCACUAUGUUGCCGCGAUUAUUACUUCAAACCCCAGUCAAAGUUAACCUGGACCCAUUGCAAUCUCAUUCAGAGUAUGAUGGGCAAAUGUCAUUUUUCCUUUUCAUAUUUCUUGUAUAUAUAGGGAAUUUUGCCUGUUGGCAUAUGCAUGUAUGAUAGGCGGGGAGUAGUGAAUCCAUCUCUCGAUAUACACAAUUCGAAUAUACUUUUUUUCACUUCCCG